AUGAUUAUUAUAAUAGACCUGCUGCUGAUGCUCAUUGACCUCACUUACUCCAUCCAGACUUUCCUCCGGCCGAGGCUGAAGUGCAUUGAUGGAGAGAUGUGUCUGAUAACAGGAGCCGGGGGCGCGCUGGGUCGGCUGUUCGCCCUGGAGUUUGCCAAAGAGGGCUCGCAUUUGGUGCUGUGGGGAGAGAGGGCGACCAACGAGCAGACCGCCAAGAUGGCGAGGGAGCUCGGAGUUCAGGUGCACGCGUACACGGUGAACUUGUCCAAGCGUCUGAGUAUCUAUGAGACUGCGGACAGGGUGAGAGCGGAGGUCGGGGAGGUCUCCAUACUGGUCAACAACGCAGGCGUGGUGGCCGGGCGAAGGACGAUGUUGGAGAGGACGAUGCUGGUAAACUGCCACGCGCUGUUUUGGAUGACAAAGGCCUUCCUGCCACAGAUGAAAGAAAAGAACCACGGUCACAUUGUAACCAUCUCCAGUGCUCUUGGACUAUUCAGCACCGCAUGUGUAGAGGAUUACUGUGCCAGUAAAUUUGGAGCCGUCGGGUUCCACGGGUCACUGACGCAUGACUUGCUUGCAGAAGACAUGAAUGGCAUCAACCCGUAUAUUGUAGACACCGGGACGUUUGCAGGCUGUGAAAUCAGAAAAAAAUCUUUUAGUCUAAUCUCCCCUCUGGAGCCUCUCUACACCGUACAGCAGUCAAUGAAAGCCAUUUUAGGCCAACAGCAAAUUAUCUGCAUUCCUCGCAUUAUGUACAUCCCCUUCCUAUUACUUCCUUGGGAGGCAAAUUUGGCAACGUACCGCUUCAUGGGCGGUGACAAAUGCAUGCUCCCCUUCAUUAAGAACGCUGAACUGAAGACCUCCAACGGCCACAUCAAAUCCUAAGAACUCUGUCAGUUUUCUAACUCUGGACCAAUGCAGAUCCCAAAGGUUUACACUGUAUUGAAUGUAUGUGAAGGCAGAGCCCAGUAUGGUUGGUUCUCAACAACCAUAACUGGAUCUGAAGGGCAGCCUGGGUUUGCUACAUGAAAAGCUCAUUUCUCUUCCUUGUUCAUCAAUAAAGUUAGAGAAUUACAUCUGAACUGGAGGCCGACGAGCCAGUAAGACACAUUCCUCAAAAUGGUGCUCAUAUGAAAGAGGCUGCGAUAACAGAACUAUACAAGUGUCUCUUUUUAUUCACAUUAACAAACGAUGCAGAAACAAAGACCAGACAACAAAUCUACAGGAGACAUGCGGCAGAAAAAUGAUGAUCCAUUAUGUUUGAGCCAGACUGCAGUCUCCAGACUCACGAAAAGGAAUUCAGAACAUACAAAAGAAGCAUUAAAGAAAUCCCCCCAUAUGAUUGUUAUGUUCAGCUGUUCCACAAUACUGUUGAAAUAUACCUCUCCUGCUAUUUAUGAAAUAAAAUGACAAUUGUAUUGGAACUUGAUAUCCAAAUCCUUUU